UCCAUCGGUUCUAUUUUCUCAAUUCGUCGUCCUCUUUCUUCUCGAGAUCAUGUGCUCGAGUUGCUGAUGCAAAUUAGUUCACUGGGUUAUUACUCUGCCAGGGUUUUCGAUUUGGUUUGUGACUCGUUGAUUGAAGCUGAAUCGUCACCGUUAUCAUAUCUAAGCUUGAGUCGGAGUCUUGCGUUAGGCUGCGUUUGCAUUCGUAGCGUUCGUAUUGCGAUAGAUACUUGGAUAAGAAGAUUCAUAGGAGGAAUCAAUACAGGGACCUGAAGGAGCUUUUACCAAAUUGUUGUCUCUGUUAACGAUGACGGAACAUAAAUGCAAAAUCGAUGGUGAAUGUUUAGAUGUUGUGAAAGAGGACAGAAUCAGCGAAUUGCCUGAUGAUUUGCUUCUGCUUAUAUUAUCUCCACUCCAAACAGAAACGGUCAUAGCCACGAGCGUCUUGUCUAAACGGUGGAGAUCUCUUUGGAAGAUGGUGCCAAAGCUCAAGUUCGAUUCUAAAUAUCACAAAAGCGAAAGAUUUUCAGAGAAUGUACUCAGGUCUUUGCUUUCACAUAAAGCUCCGGUUCUUGAGAGUUUGCAUUUGGUAGUUAGAGACACUAUUUCUGAAGAUGCACAUGUUGAACGAUGGUUUGAAAUAUCAGAUGCACAACAUGCGAGGAAAUUGGUAGUGGAUCUUCACAAUGAUCAGUACUUGUAUUCCGGUUUUCCGUGUGUGUUUUUUAGCUCUAAUGAUACGCUACAUACCUUGAAACUCAAGAAUAAUAUUCUCUUGGACUUUCCUUCUGGGGUGUGUUUGAAGUCUCUUAGAAAGCUGCACCUUGAGUAUGUGGUAUACAACAACGAAGAAUCUGUUCGUAAACUUUUCCUUGGCUGCCCUAACCUAGAAGAUCUGUUGUUGAAACGAGGAAGCAAUGCCCUUGAGGAGACUUUCACUAUAACGGUGCCAAGAUUACAGAGACUAACCAUAGAAGGUGAUCAUAAUAGCCAAGAUCCAGGCUAUAUGAUAAAUGCUCCUUCUUUGAAAUACUUGAGCAUCAGCAAGACCAGUCAUCUUGAGUGCUGUUUGAUUGAGAAUGCGCCAGGGCUGGUGGAGGCCAAAAUCAUCGACGUUUCUUAUAUAAAGAAUGAGAACAUUUUAGUAUCUCUAACUGCAGUUAAACGUCUUUCCCUAGACUUAUCACCCUUUGAGAUAAAGUAUCCUACUGGCAUUAUCUUUCACCAGCUGGUAUACUUGGAGCUUUUUACGCAAAACGGGUGGAAUCUUCUCUCGCUCAUGCUCGAUAGUUGUCCUCAAUUGCAAAUCCUCAAGCUCAUCAACCCAUAUCGGUUUGCUAAAAGAAAAAAUCGUCCGGUGAGGUGGGAAUGGAGUAAACGAACAUGUGUACCGGAAUGUUUGUUGUACCAUCUUGAGACAUUCGUGUGGACAAGAUACCAAUGGCAACGAGAAGAUGAGAAGGAAGUGGCCACAUACAUCCUAAAGAAUGCAAGGCGGUUGAAGAAGGCAACAAUCUCCACAAGACCGAUCCAAACUAAAGAGCUCAAAACGUUGAAAAAUAUCAAAAUGUUGGAAAAGAGACGUGGGAAGAUGCUUGACCAGCUGGCUAAUGAGGUGAGGGCUUCAAAUUCAUGUCAUCUCGUGUUCGAAUGUGAUACCUUCUCUUGUAAAUAGGAUAUUUUCUUAACAUCGUCGUCCACAAUGUGACAACAAUACAAAAGAAAUCAGUUAACAAAAUCCAGUUUCCUUAGCAAGACGGUGUUUUUGUCGCAUACUUGUUGUUCUUGCAGUAUGAAGCUGGAUAUGUUAUGGAUAACAAUGUUAUGGAUAGUACAUUGAAAGUUGUUCUAUGAUGUUUAUAUCGACA